CCAUCAAGAAAGAAGAAAAAGAACAAAAUUGAAGAAGAAGAAGAAAGAAAGUGUUGUUUGAGUAUGUACGACCUUGUACAUCUCACGCGCCUCUCUCAUCAACCUUCCAUGGUAGAGAAGAAAGAAUGAAACUUUCCAAUUUCUAAGUUAAGAGAGAGAAAGAGAAAAGAGUCCAGCCUAGGUGGGCAUUAACCAACUACUAACAAACAGGGGAGACUUUUCAUUUUUCAUCCAAUUUACGCAACCAAAAUUGAAAAUACUACUCUUCUUCUCUUCCUAUACCACCAAAAUAAAACUCCCCUAUUUUUUUUUCCAUAUAAUUCUUUCUAAGGUUUUUAUUCUCCCUCCAAAAACCCUAGAUUUACCCCUUUAAUUCACCUUCAUCAAACCCAGUAGAGGAGGAAAAAGGAGGAAUGACUAUGGAAGAAUAUCUAAGCGAUUCAUUGUUAGAUGGAUGGAUAUCUGUUGGAGUUGAAAACUGGCUGUUUAGAGCAUGAGUUUGGAAGAUCAAAUCCCUACAAUAGGUAUUCAAAAAUCUUUAUUAGUGUGCAAAGGACCUCGGAGAAAAAUGGAAAUCCCAGUUAUACUUUGAGAUGGUUAGAACUUUUCUGGAGAAUUCCUGAAAUCUGUUCCAAACUCCAAAGAGAGCGAUCAAGACUUUUUUUUUUUUGACAAAGAAAAUAAAAAUUAGAAUCCUCUCUGUAAGGCAGUAUGAUAGAACCGCAGCUGAAAGCAUGCAACAAAAAUGUGAAGAAUCCGGAGAGCAGGAAGACUGCUUCCACUUCGUACAAUUCUGCUUCUAGGAAGCAAAGCAGGAAGGGAGAAAAUCCUAUUCGCAUUACUCCGUUAGGAGAGCAAUCUUCUGAUUUUGGAUGUUCUAGUACUUGGAUAUGUAAAAAUUCUGCAUGUAGAGCUGUUCUGUCUAUAGAUGAUGCGUUCUGUCGGAGGUGUUCUUGCUGCAUCUGUCAUCAAUUUGAUGAUAAUAAAGACCCUAGUCUUUGGUUGGUUUGUGAAUCCGAGUCUGGGCAGGGUGAUUCUUGUGGAUUAUCAUGCCAUAUUGAGUGUGCAUUUCAACAAGAAAAGCUGGGAGUUGUGAACCUUGGGCAAUACAUGCAUUUGGAUGGGAGUUACUGUUGUUCUUCUUGCGGCAAAGUCUCUGGGAUACUUGGGUGUUGGAAAAAGCAAUUGGCUAUAGCUAAGGAUGCUCGACGUGUCGAUGUGCUUUGCUAUAGAAUAUUUUUGAGUUACAGACUCCUCGAGGGCACAGCUAAGUUUAAGGACCUCCACGAGAUUGUUGCAGAAGCUAAAACAAAGCUGGAGGCAGAGGUGGGUCCUAUGAACGGAGACUCUGUCAAGAUGGCCAGAGGUAUUGUUAGCAGGCUUGCUAUUGCUGCAGAUGUGCAAAAGCUCUGUUCGCACGCGAUUGAUAAAGCUAAUGAAUGGCUCGCCAACGUUUCUAGCAUUAGUUCAAAUUGCAAAGUGGAUGCACUUCCUGCUGCAUGCAGGUUUCUAUUUGAAGAAGUUACUUCUUGUUCACUUGCUAUAGUUUUGAUAGAUAUCCCCACACCAAUGACUGAUUCUGUCAAAGGCUACAAGCUAUGGUACUGCAAAAGUAGACAGGAGAUUUUUGCAAGGGAGCCUACAUCCGUCUUUCCAAGGGAGAAAAGAAGAAUAUCUGUAAAGAAUCUCAAGCCUUGCACCGAGUACACAUUCAGAAUAGUUUCCUACACAGAAGCUGGUGAUUUAGGUCACUCUGAGGCUAAGUGUUUCACCAAGAGUAUGGAGAUCGUUAGUAAGAAAACCACCACAGUGGGUUGUAAGAAGGAAGAUCCUUGUGUUGAGAGGAGCUCCUCGAAUGCAAAGGAGCAACACAAUUCAAAUUUGGCUGCAAUAUCUUCUGGAUUCAAGGUGCGGGACCUUGGGAAAAUCUUGCACCUAGCAUGGGCCCAAGAACAGGGUUGCCUUGAAGGUUUCUGCAGUGCUGAUGUAGAACAAUGCUGUGGAGUAACUAAAUGUGAAUCUCCAAAAGAUCACCAGUCACCUCCACCUGUUUCUCGUGAGCUUGACCUAAAUGUAGUUUCAGUUCCUGAUUUAAAUGAAGACCUUACCCCACCCUUAGAGUCUUCAAGGGAUGAAGACAACGGAUGCACGCUAGAGCGUGCUACUGGGCCUGAUGAUGAUGCUGCUUCCCAUGGUGUUGAGAAGAAUGGGCUUGGGCUAGCCAGGUCAAAUGGUAGUGGGCCAAGUGAUGAGUCUCAAGCUUGGGCUCUCAUCCGAAAUGGAGAUGUGCCUGCUGUUGAUUCCUUGGCAGAGACCCGUCGGAAGAGGUCUUCAAGUGCGAAUGAAGAGACACAUGACUGUGACAGUACUCUGAUAAAUGGAUCGCCAUUUCGGAUUUCGGGCGGGCCUGGUUCUCUAGACGGUAACUUUGAGUAUUGUGUGAAGGUCAUCCGGUGGUUGGAGUGUGAGGGCUAUCUAAAACAGGAAUUUAGAUUGAAAUUAUUGACUUGGUUUAGCUUAAGGUCUACUGAACAAGAGCGUCGGGUAGUCAGCACUUUCAUUCAAACUCUGAUGGACGAUCCAAAGAGCUUAGCAGGACAGCUAGUUGAUUCCUUUGGAGAUCUCAUAUCCAGCAAGAGGCCCAGGACUAGUUUCACUAGCAUUCCUUCCUAAAUAAAUCUUAACUAAGGACGGCACACAUAUCUUGGAUACAAUUCAGAUGUUUAGGACACAAUUUUUAGGAGGCAGUACCUGAUUUUCCGCCAGAAAGGGAUUCCAUCAGUGGUUAACUGCACAUUUUAGAAGGUAUUUGUUAGAUUUUCAUUGACCACAUUUGUAGAAAGAUUCACAUUGAGACAAUCAUUGUUGCCUUCUCGCAUUGAAGGAAGGAUAUAUGCUUCAAUGAAUAUUUAAAUUCUAGUUCAAUUUACUAAUUAAUUAGUUUGUUUUCUCAA